UGUGUGUGUGCUGACCGUUACCCAUCAUGCCCUCCACCGGUGACGAGCGUGUGUGCUCUAAGUUCCAGCCCAACAUCUUCAACCCAUCACGCUGCCAUGAGUGCCUUCGUCUCAAACACCUGCACACACACACACCUACACACACACCUGAGCAGGUGAACCUGGUCACCGAGAGCAGCAGCAGCAGCAGGGAGGAGAAGGAACAGAGCACCAAGGAGGACUCUGAUGACGUGUCGGUGGUGAGCGGUGGCUCUCUGUGUAUCCUCAGUCCUGAGUGUGACCUUUACGUGUGUGACGGAGACGAAAGUCAAGACGAAGACGAACACACCUGCAACAGUCAGUGUGAGGGAGACUCGUCCUCCCCCGGUUCGUUCACUCCUGAAGAAGAGGACGGCUUCUUCUCUCUCCCCCUCAGCAGGAUGACACGUUUGGAUCCCUCAUCACACCGAAACAAUCCACGUAUGUGGAUGGAGGAGGCGAGGAAUCGAGAAAGUUUCUCUCGGCGCUCCUCCGUCCCACACGUGAGUUCUAAGGUUGAACAAGACAGAGAAAGUGGAUAUUUCUCUCUGGGCCGUGUGACUGGUGCCAGAACAUUAAGCGAUAAAAGUCCUUCUCCUCAUCGCCAUGCUGAACGUGGACAUCCUUUACCAAGCAACCGAACACAUGAGCCCAAAGCAGCCAUUCCAUUCCGAAACCCAGACCUCGGUGUUCCUUCACAGAGAAGAACUACUGAGAUCCAGAAUCCAGAUUUGACACUAUUGCCAUUGAACCCUUCUCCAGAACCUGUGGAUCUCAGCAUUGAAGUGGAAGCUCAAGCAGGUCCGAGAUCUUUAAGUCCCACACCAUUCAAGCAGGCUGAAUCCUUGGGGGCAUCCCAGAAAAAAGGAUUCAGAUCACCAAGUUCACCUUCCAGUAAAAACUUAUUUUCCACGAAACAAGAUUCAGGAUUUUCCCGCUCUUUAUCUCCUUCCUGUAGUGCCACUCCUUUUAAACGGGCUGAGUCUGUCUCCUCACUAUCGUCCCGUGGGUAUGGGAUGGACAGUGUCUCAGAGAGGAGAGCCCAACCAUGCAAAAGCCCCAAUCGAAAUUCCUUUGUCCGUCCUUCUGAAUCUGAAGCCAUUCGGAAAACCUUCAGAGGCUUUGCUAGCACUGUUGGGGCAGUCAGCAAUCUCAAUAAGUCCCAGACGAGCCCAUAUGCUGACCUGAGAGCCGGUUUACGGAAAACAGAGCCCCCCAGUGGGCAGGGUGCUAAAACCCGAAGUCCCUCCCCUGCACGGCGGAGCCAAGAUGCAGCUGGCCGGACUUUUCCUCGGAAAACAGAGCCCCCCAGUGGGCAGGGCUCUAAAACCCGAAGUCCCUCCCCUGCACGGCGGAGCCAAGAUGCAGCUGGCCGGACUUUUCUUCGGAAAACAGAGCCCCCCAGUGGGCAGGGCUCUAAAACCCGAAGUCCCUCCCCUGCACGACGGAGCCAAGAUGCAGCUGGCCAGUCUUUUCUUCGGAAAACAGAAUCAAAAACUGUUUCAAAUAAUCAGAAAAAAUGUGAAAGUCGGACCUCAUCACCAUCCAGGAGCAACAGCAGGUCAAUUCUGCGUAAAGUGGUUGAGGGUUGGCGUAGUGCGUCACCUGUAAGAAAGGGCUAUGGGACAGCCAGCCAACUGGAAAAGAGCCUUGUUUCAAAUGGGCGGAGUCAUAACGGCUCUAACUCUUCUUCUUUAAGACGGAGCUUUGAGACAAGUAGUCCAUCACUGCAUAAAUCUGAAACUAAAAGACUCUCCCCUAUAUUAAGACGGAGCUAUGAUGCUCCUACUAAACAAUCAUCACUGCACAAAUCUGGAUCAGACCGAUCUUCCUAUAACCGAAGUCCCUCCCCUUCAAAGCAGAAUUAUGGCUCUCCUGGACAAUCAAAUUUUAGAUCAGACCAAAGCAAUUAUUCUAGACCAGUCCCAGCCUCCUUCAGCCGAAGUCCCUCCCCUUCAAAGCGAGAUUAUGACCCUACUGGCCAAUCACAUUUUAGAUCAGACCAAAGCAAUUAUUCUAGACCAGUCCCAGCCUCCCUUAGCCGAAGUCCCUCCCCUUCAAAGCGAGAUUAUGACCCUACUGGCCAAUCACAUUUUAGAUCAGACCAUAGCAAUUAUUCUAGACCAGUCCCAGCCUCCCUUAGCCAAAGUCCCUCCCCUUCAAAGCGAGAUUAUGACCCUACUGGCCAAUCACAUUUUAGAUCAGACCAAAGCAAUUAUUCUAGACCAGUCCCAGCUUCCCUUAGCCGAUGUCCAUCCCCUUCAAAACAUGGUUGUGACCCUCCUGGCCAAUCACAUUUUAGAUCAGACUACAAUAAUUAUUCUGGAUCUAUUCGAUCUUCCAACAGCCAGAGUUUCUUCCCUUCAAAGUGGGAUUAUGACCCUUCUGGCCAAUCACAUUUCCAAAAAUCAGAAAGCAGCAAACGCACCGAAGCAAGCCGAUCUUCCUGUAACCAAAGUCUCUCCUCCUCAAAACGGAGUUAUGACCCUUCUGACCAAUCGUCUUUCAGAUCAGAGCACAGUAAUUACUCUAAAAAUAAGCAUGGCCAGGCUAUAUUACACAAAACUGUUAGUGAAUCCAGGAGUGUGUCUGCAUCCUACAUGGAAAAAUCAGCUGAUAGCAGCACAGCAGGAUCAUGGAGAGGUUCAACCCACUCGCUCCUCAGCCCACCGAUGUCCCGGAACUCGUCGCCAUCUAGGAAGUGCAACGACAGCAAGCAGCUUGGGGAUCGAAAAUCUUCCCAUGUUUCCUGGAGUACCAAUGAAAGGAGGCAGAGUCAGGAUAAUCACAGCCCUGCCUCCCGGAACAGAAGCCCCUCCCCCUUAUCGAGAAGCCACACCUCCUCUCAGAGCUCAAUUGAUUCCGUUAUGUCUAGCGGCUCAUCUGGUAUGAACAGAGAGGAAUAUGCCAUUAUGGCCGACCUUCCGAAGGUCAAGAAGGUCCUCCAGAGAGCGAGGCCGAACCAGAUGGAGGGGAUGGAGAGAGGAACCAGAGAAGAAACAUCUUUAUACAAACCUGCCAGCCAUUCCCACACUAAACCCGCCCACAUCACCUGGGACGACAUGAUGGAUCAGCGAGGAAAUCCCUCCUCUACACACACACCUUCACACACAGAGGGAAAUAAAAUGGAGCAGGAGAAGAGCGAGAAAGUUCAUCAGCCUGAUCUGUUGAACUUUAAGAAAGGAUGGAUGUCCAAACAGGAUGAAAGUGGAGAGUGGAAGAAGCAUUGGUUCGUGCUGACGGAUGCAGGACUGAAAUACUACAGAGACUCUGGAGCUGAAGAGAAAGAUGAGUUGGAUGGAGAGAUCGAUCUCCGCUCAUGUUUAAAAGUUUCUGAGUUUGAUGUAGAGAAAAACUAUGGCUUUCAGAUACAGACGGUGAGUGGUGUGUUCACUCUUUCUGCAAUGACUGCCGGAAUCAGGAGAAACUGGAUUGAGGUUCUGAGGAAAAACAUCCAACCGAACAGUACACCGGAUCUUACACAACUUCCAGACAGCACUGCUAAUAAAGAGGACCCUCGUCAGCAGCCGUCUCGCCGCCAGUCAGAAACCUCCUCCAUCAGCCACGUCUCAACCCCCCACAAGUUCGAUUACGUCGAGCUGUCUCCUGUAGACACGCCCACUCCCUCUGCCCCAGCCAAUCGGAGAGAAGCAGGGGAAGGGCAGGUGCGGGAGCACGGCCAGGGUCAGGAGGAGAAGAACCGUAACGCUCAGCGUGAGACGGGAACGACUCGCAGGUGGCCGGGGAAAACUCAGGAGCAGAGACAUCUGGAGGAGGAGAUUGAGAGGAAGUGGGAGGAGUUUGAGCGUCUGCCUCUGAAAGCCAUGACUCCACUGUCUGCCCUGGGAGCGCUGCAGAGGGAGCAGGUGGCAUCACUGACGCGGCAGGCGGAGGAGUGUGUGUGGGGUGAAGGGUGUGUGUGUGUGUGUGAGGGUGGGGGGGGUGUGUGUCAGUGCUGCAGUGUGAGUUUGGAGCAGAUGGAGCGUGCUCACAGACACGCGCUGGAGGAACUGCAGAGGAAACACCAACGUCAGACCACUGAAAUGGAGAGAGAGAAAGAGAGACUGCUGAAGGAGGAGACUCAGGCCACAGCUCAGGUGAUGGAGGCUCUGAGAAAAGCACAUAAAGAAGAACUUGAGAGAGAAAUGCAGAAAGCUAAUCACCUUAGAACACACACGGUCCAAGAUCAGCAACAACAGGAGUUGGCAUCUCUGCAGCGAGAGCUGGAUGGUUUAUCAGAUCGUUACUCUCAGAAAUGCCUGGAGCUGAACAGAGAACAGCAGAGUAACGGAGAGAAGGAGCGACAGAUCAGCCUGAAGGAGAGAGAGAUGGAACAGCUGCGCAGACAGAAUCAGGAUCUUCAGUCUCGUUUAACAGAGGAGAUCCGCCGCAUGCGCUCUCAUCUCACGCCUCAGAGGUCAGAGGAGGUCGUCUCCGACGGCAACAAGGGGAGAUCCACGUGUGAGCUAGAGGUACUGCUAAGAGUGAAGCACAACGAGGUGGAGUACUUACAAAAGGAGAUCAUGUGCUUAAGGAACGAAGUGCAAUUUCUCAACACGGAGAAGCAGAGUGUGUGUGUACAGUAUCAGAGUGUAUGUGAGGAGCUGAAGGUGAUGAAGGAGAGGAGUGAAAGAGAAGUUCAGACACUUCGAGAACAUCUCAGACUCUCCAUCGCUGCACUGCAGGAGGAACGGGGACUGCAGAACAGCAUCUAACACACACACAGAUGAAAUGAAGCUCCAGCAGAACCAUGUGCCUUUUAUUUUAAUUGCAUCAGCCAAUCAGGAGCAGAGGUCUGGAUCAGCUGACUCGUUAUGAUACACUGGAUGACUUAAAUCUGCAUCUGCACUUUUAACAUUGUGUGUGUGUGUGUGUGUGUGUGUGUGUGUGUGUGUGUGUGUGUGUGUGUGUGUGUGUGAGCCUUGUGAUAAAUCUUUAAACUGGACUGGACUAAAAUAGGAACACACACACACACACACACACACACACCCCUUUGAAGAGUCUCUGCAUCCCAACACAGUCAUAUAGUAGCGUAUUAACUAAACACACACACACACACACACACACACACACACACACACACACACACACACACACAGGGGAGUUGUGAUGUUUAAAGACUGAAGUCCUGAUCCCAGGAACCUGAAAUGGUUCUGAAGUGCUCAGUGAAGGAACCAUGAGAGUUCUAAAAGGCUGAACCUGGAGGAGUUCUACAGUCGAUGAACUAGAAAAGAGGAAAAACUGGUUCUAGCAAGGGUUCUGGAGAAAACCAGGAAAGGUUCUAAGGUGAUCAGUAUGGUGAGAUGUAUACAGAGGAAAUCCCACAAUGGAUCAUGGACUAUUCAGAGGUGUUGAAAGUCAAGUUUGAGUUCCUGAUGGAGGAGAGUUCUGAGGGGAUGGUUAUUGAAUACAGAAAGGGGAAGAGUUCUAAAGAAGUGUUAAACUGUCACCUUUUGGGCUGAAGGUUCCAGAAGAUUUCUCUAGUAAGUCUUAAGGGUUUGGAUUACGUUCACGCUCGAUGGGUUCCAGUAUUGUCCACAAGAAAGGGUUCUAGAACAGUACAACCAGGAAGGGCUGUGGAUUGCACAGGUGGUAGAGUUCUAAACUCUGGAAGAGUUCUACACCAUCAAACCUGGAUGUUCUGACAGAUAAUAUUCCAGCAGGAAAGACUGAAUUCUGCUCUAUGAGGUUCUUCAUAGUGCUGAAAAGAUUCUAAAUCACUGGGAGUGUGCAGAGCAAAAUCCAGAAGACCUGAUGUACCUGAGAGAAGAUGUGGAGCGUGAGGGAGAACGUGUAGAGCUGUAGAUGUGGUGUAACUCCGAUCGCUUCCUUCCUUUUCACACGAGUCGCUAUAACGUGAAACCCAGCAGAGGUGUAGCAGUGCAUUCUGGGUAAAUCUCAUGGGAGUAAUACAGUACAGUGUUGGGACAGACCUGUGUGUGUGUGUGUGUGUGUGUGUUCAGUGGGAGGUGAUACACACACUCAGUGUUUGGAUGGAGGAGCUGAUGUGAGGUCAGGGUUCUGCAGUGCCACAGAGAAAACGCACCAAAACGUCGCUUUAAUGAGCCAAAGUUUCUUCCUGUUCUUUUUCUAAGAUAAAACUGGACACUGUUUCUUUAUGUGUGUUUUUUAUUAAUUUAAAGAAGAAUCUGUAAAAUUAUUGUUUCAUAGCGGAGAUCAAUAAAAUCUUUUACCUUGCA